AUCUUUUCUUUCUCUUUUUAUCACCCAAUGAACCUUAUAACUCUAAUUAUUAUAUUAUGUAUGUGUAGUUGAGUUGUGUUAUAAGAAAGGAUAAAACUCUUAUUUUAAAAUUAUCUAACCUCAUGGAAUUUUGUGUGGCCCAUAGAUUCUAAUAUCAACUAUUGCAGCAUCCUAAUUAAUGGAACUAGAGGGAAAUAGUGUAUAGACAAAUUUAUACUUUGUCUUUCCUCAACAGAGAACCGUAUAAAUCCAAUGGUCUUUUUUGUGUACAUUGUAGAACCAUGAAGAUUAAAACAACCUCAUCCUAUACUAGUUGGGUCAAAGAAUACUAAAGUUACUGGUGCAGUACCAUAAAUUUAAUGCAGAGUCCAAAAAAAGAUAAAAGUAAAGAUAGACAUGUAAUGUAAUAUACAAAGACAUUUGAGCCAUGUAGUUGUAGCUUGGAGAUUCAAAAGGUGAAAGAGCAAAUUGUGGAAAAGACAGAUUAAGUACAAAAAGCCACAUGCACACCUACACAAAAAGCUUCAUCUUCUGAACUCUUCAUGUUCUUUUAUGGUCAUGUCAUAUAGCUGCAUCAUCCACUUUUAAAACUGUGCAAAUUUUAGUACACACCUUGAACAACUUUUAGAACCAUUCCAAGUUCUAAACUCAUUUCAUGGCCUCAACUGUAGAGGUGCAAUCAUCUUAUAGUGCCAAGAAACAAGAUGAUUCAGAUUUCAAUUUGACAGAAUGGGCAGUGAAAGAUAGAAUCAGUAGAGAGAACAGCAACUCCAGAAGGUACUCAUCAUCAUAUAUAAGAAGCUUUAGAGAAGACACAAGGUCUUUUAGAUCAAACGUUACCAUUUCUAGCGUUGCUUCUUCACCUGGAUACCCUUUAAAAGAUGAAAUAGACCCUUCAACCUAUUCUUUCACCACUGCUCUUAAAGCAUUGCAAGCAAGGUCAGCCUAUAGAAGUUGGGAGUGCCUAUCCCCAGAAGGGUUUGCCUUGAAUUCAAAGUGGAAUGAAGCAGAAAAAUAUAUAUGCAACCCCUUUUCAGGAGAGGUACCAAUGGAGUGUUUAUCUGCCAAAACUCUUAGUGGAAGAUCAUUUAGAAACUCAACAACAAACAGAAUUACCAUGUCUGCCCCUCUUGUGUAUUCCUCAAGAUAUAUGCAAACAAAGCCAUCAUCAACUUGCAACAGUUGCACACAAGAAGAAGAAGUAGCUCUUCAAUUUCACAUUUCAGAAAAGGGAAAAGAGGGAAUGACAAGAGAUGCAGGUACUCAAAGUACACCUCCUUCUCUUGUUUCAAGCAACCCCAGCACUGAUUUAACUCCAUCCAUCAUAAAGAGCCCAAUAAAGCUUUCUGAAGACUCACUAAAUUCAAAUACAAAAGCUAUAACUGAGGAAGAGGUGGUGGAAGUGAAUGAUGAUAAAGAAACAUGGGACACAACAAAAGAAACAACAGUGAGAGAAGUAGUGAAUAAUGUGAAUGAGAACAUGAAGAAAGAUGAAGAGCAAGUUUGCACGCAAGGUAGUAGUGGAGGGUGCUUUUCCUGGAUAAGGAAGAAAUUUAGUCAAAGAGAGAAAGAAAGACAACAAAGAAGGGAUAACAUGUUUUUCACUCACUUCAAAGUUUGCUAGAGAAAGAAAGGAAGGGUGAAAAAAAGAAGGGAAAAAGGGCUAUAUAGGCUACUACUACUGUAAUAGAGAGACUGUGUCUCUUUUGAAAAAUUCUCUCACUCUCUCUUUAUGAGCAAUUUUGCAGUGCUUAUUAAAUAUGGCCAGAAAUGGAAAUGUUUGUUUAGAACAAUGGCAAUUGUGUGUGUUACAUUUUUAUGUCUGCGUUACGUAAUUCCAAUGGGCAGUGA